AUGACUAAUAAUUCUACCAUAACAUCUAUCACAACAAUCAAUGAAACAAGUUUAAUCGAUUCUAAUCCAGUUAUACCUACUAUCAAUUCAUUGUUCAAUACUUUAGUUAUUCCUAAACCUAUUGUCACCAAUCCAUCAAAUGAUUUCCAUAAUGCUUCACCAUUUAAUUUGCCUCAAACUACUACUGUUUCUUCUAAAUCACCUGGACUAUUCUCACUUUUACCAACUCCAGUAUGUGGUAGUUCAGGUAUAAUGUUUGGGUUUGGACAAAGUCAUGUUAUCAGUACUGCCACUACCAAUACUGCGAUAAGUUCUUCAUUAAGUUCUCUUUUCACUGGUAUACCACUAAAAACUACAAGUUCAAUAAUUACAAAUUCAAAUACUACAACAAAGUCGAAUGUUACAUUCAAAAGUAGACCAUUAUUCGGUGCUCCGAAUUUGGUUACAGCCACUACUGUUGUUUCAUCAACCUGCAGCACUGGUACAAAUAUCUUUUUGUUUGACAAUCCAAAUCAGUUGUCUUCUACGAUUAAUACAAAAUCUGUAACGACCGUUUCACUUGCGAACACUGUUAUUUGUCUUACUGGAACUCUUAUUUCGAAAGGUGAGGCUUUCAAUAAAACACCAACUAGAUCCGUCUCUUCAGUUUUCGGUGGUCUUUUUGUCGAAGCGGCGACCGUCAAUUCUCAAGAGAUUAUAUCUAAUUCAACUAAUGGGAGGACUGACCUCUUCGGUUCACCUAUGGGAUCCGAUAUAAAACCUACAAACAUUUUAUUCUCUGCAUCAAGCUGA